AUGGAGGAGAGUUAUAACCCAUUUUCCGGUUACCAGCAGCCACAGCGUCAACAUUCCCAGCAGGGUUAUCGUGGUGGCCAUGCUCGUAAUGGUAACGGUUACGGUAAUAACUACGGUAAUGGUAACAACAACUACAAUAACAACAACAGCAAUGCUGGACGUCGUUCCUCGCUGGACGCACCGGGAGAAAAGAUGCGGCCUGUUGAUUGGAGUAAUGUAAAACUCGUGCCUGGCAAUUGGAAUGUGAUUGACACAAAGUCUAUUCAACGUGCGGCGAAUGCAAAGACGGAGGCCGCUCCAGUGGCACAACUCAGUGAGGCCGAGGCCAAAACAUGGCGGGAUACAAACUCCAUUGCCGUCUUUGGUGAGAACUGCCCACCGCCCAUCACCAGCUUUGAUCAACUCAAUACAUUGGUGCCGGGAUAUUUACAGCGUAAACUCACCGCGCAGGGAUUCAGCUCACCCACUGCUGUGCAAGCACAGACAUGGCCUAUUUUACUCCGUGGACGUGAUAUUGUUGGAGUGGCAAAAACAGGAUCUGGAAAGACUCUCGCCUUUAUGGUGCCAGCACUCGCCCAUAUUGCCAUGCAGGAGCCACUGCGGCCAGGCGAUGGACCAAUGGUGAUUGUACUUGCCCCAACACGCGAACUGGCACAGCAAAUUGAACAGGAAACAAAUAAAGUACUUCCAACGGAGGUUCGUUGUGGAUGUGUGUAUGGUGGAGCACCGAAAGGACCACAACUUGGAAUGCUUCGACAAGGUGUUCAUGUACUUGUUGCUACUCCAGGACGAUUGAUUGACUUUUUGGAAAUUAAACGAGUGAAUCUCUUUCGUGUAACGUAUCUCGUGUUGGAUGAGGCGGAUCGUAUGUUGGAUAUGGGAUUUGAACCACAAGUGCGUGCUAUUUGUGCUCAGAUGCGUCCAGAGCGUCAGACAUUAAUGUUUUCUGCUACUUGGCCUAAAGAGAUUCAACGAUUGGCAGCAGAGUUUCAGAAGGAUUGGAUACGUAUUCACGUAGGAAGUACAGAACUGUUAGCCAAUAAGGAUGUGACACAACACUUUAUUCUUACACAAGAGCAUGGAAAGUUGGAUGAGUUAAAGAAAUUAAUGUCUGAUCACCGUAAUGAACGUGUUUUGGUCUUUUGUAAGACAAAAAAAACUGCAGAUGAUCUUGAAUGGCAACUGAAAAAGUGGGGUUAUGAUGCUAUGGCUAUUCAUGGUGAUAAGGAACAACGUCAACGUGAAUUUAUUCUUGAUCGUUUCCGCAAAGACCCGAGACUCUGUGUUGUGGCAACAGAUGUUGCUGCUCGUGGUUUGGAUAUUAAACAAUUGGAAACUGUUGUCAAUUAUGAUUUCCCUAUGCAAAUUGAUGAUUACGUUCAUCGUAUUGGUCGUACUGGACGAGCAGGAGCAAAGGGAGAGGCAUUCACACUUAUCACAAAGAGGGAACAACAGAUUACACCGGCAGUAUUAAAAGAACUCAUCGCCAUUAUUGAACGCGCUCAUCAAAAUGUACCAGAUUGGAUGCGUGAGUGGGGUGAUCAACAACCACGGUAUCAAGUAAUGAAACGUAAUCGCAAUCAUACCGGGUUUGGAAGUCAACGACAUAUGCCCGCGCUGAAUAAUGGGAAUCGUCCAUCCUUUGAUCCUCAGAAUGGUCAUGCCAGUAACAACAACAACAACAACAACAACAACAACAACCGAAGUGGUGGUACGUUUGGUCUGCCACCUAAAAACAACAAUGGGGCAGCUUUUUCAUCUUCAAAGAUUGAGUAUAAACGGUUUGACGACAGUAGUGAUGAUGAUAACGCACAGCCUGCGAAAAAGCGUGUGAAGUGA